UCUUCAUAUAUCAUACAUUGAAACACAAGUAAUUGAGUGUGAAAAAACAAGAUGAAGAACUUGAGAAUGAUUCUAAUGUUGCUAGUUCUAUUGCUUCUCACUAUGGAGCAAGUACAUGGUUUUGAUUGUGAACAAGCAAAGACAUCUGUACAUUCUUGUACGUCAUUCCUCGUCGGCGAUGAUGCCGAGCCAUCAACUACUUGUUGCGAUGGCAUUAAACUUAUUAAAUCUUCAGUAACCACUGUUGAUGAACGACGUGCUGCAUGUGAAUGCAUAAAAAAUUGGGCUAGCAACAUCCCUAACAUUAAAGAAGAUUUAGCUAUAUCACUUCCCAAACGUUGCGGUGUUGACAUAGGUUUUCCUAUAACCCCAAACAUGAAUUGCAAUGACAUUCCUUGAACUCAAUGGAGAUAAUAAUAAAUUGAACAGGGUGGACACUUGGUUGUCCUUAUAUAAAUAAUACAACCCUGUUUAAAUAUGUUCUAUGGUAGUGUAAAAUUUAAAGUUGAUGUUAAUAAAUAUAUGAUAUUUAUGUUUA